AUGAGCAGGCUCUUCCAGAGCUCGGUGCGCCAAUCUAUCCUGAGACCCGCGCAGGUCCGCAACUAUGGUUCGAAUGCAGUCAUCCCAACCUUCACCCCCACACCUUCUACCGAGCUCAAUGAGGCUCUCCAACGCUUCCGCGAGGAGGUCUUCAUUCCCAACGGUCUUCCUGUGCGCCAACAAAAGAGCGUGUUCAAGCCUAAAUAUGCCAAGCAGUUGCUCAACGAGCCCAUCGUUGUCAAGAUCAGUGAAACGGAAGAAUACACCCUCACCCCUAAGAAGCGCCACGAAAUGCCCUCAAAGAAGGCGGCCAUGGACGUUCUCCACAUGAUGGUCACCACCGGUGACUUCUCCAACCUUGUGGCCUAUCUGAGUGGACUCAAGAUGUCCGGCUACGCCAUCAGCACCAACCGGUGGGAGUACAUCAUCCGCAAAGCCAGCAUGGCGGGUAAGCUCAGUGUCAUCUACGAGUGCGCCAGACAGGGCAACCGCACUGGCCUCUCACUCGCCGACCAGAACAUCGCUCGCGUACUUUUCUUCGAGCUUCACCAGACCGCGUCCCGCAACAAGCUCCAGGGCAAGGAGACUGUCCAGGCCUUGGGCCUGGCGCAAAGUUUCUCUACCCUGAUGCAACAGGAUUUCCACUCCGACUGGAACAUCGAGAAGGACCCCAAGUACCAACCUUUCGUUAUCGGAACUCUCCUGGAGCUUGCCGCCGCUCAAGUUCUGGACAAGACCGCGAAGAACCAGGAAGUGUCACAAUCCGCCCAGAAUACCUCCCUUAUCUCCGAAUAUGCCCAGAAGCUUGAUGCAAGCUGGGACCGUAUCAACCUCACGAAGCCCCCUAACUCCUCCGAGCUGGUCCACCGGGUCCGAGAGAACAUUCCCGUAUACAAUGGCAUGCGCCUGAGCCUGAGGUGGUCGAAGACCUCGGAGGAUACCCAGCCCUUCAAAGCCCGCCUUGGAGAACUCGAGCCCAUUCUGAUCCAGCAAUUAAAGGAAGUGAAGAACGGCCAGCUUACCGAUGACCUGGUGUCCAAGCGGUUGUUGAAGAUUGCUGCUGAGGCCGAGGCCGAGCCCAAGGCUUAA